AUGAAGAUUAAGCGGUUUGGGUUCAUGGAUCUUGAUGAAGGGUCUCCAUACAACUUUCCUGUUGAGCCUCUCAUUUUGCAUAAUUUUCGGGGUCAUAUGUUUUCACAGAUCGGUUCGUUUAUGGACAAUUCAUUGCACCAGUCUAGAUACUUUCAUGUCCCUGGAAGGUUAGCUCUCGAAGGAGCAUUUAAUCACAUUUCUAAGCUUGCUGGUGCUUUACUAUGUUUCUUCUCUUGUGGGCCCAAUACAAAUGCUACUAGAGAGAUGGAGGGUAAUUGGCAUGGUUCUCAACCCGGAUGCUCCAGAUCUUCACAUGUUAAACUUAUUACUUCUGGUCGACAAAAUCUUAUAGGAUUUCACUUCGGUUUUGCAUCAAAAGGAGAAUCUGCUAACUCAGUGGUUUUUGGUAAGAUUUCGGCUUUUGUAAUGCAAUUCCUACAAAGAGAAGCUGAAAAGCUAUGUUCACAUCCCAUGCUCUCGUUAGCUUCUGGACUUGUACCACCUUUUGGCAGCUUUUCUUCAAAUGCACUAGCUGUUCCAUUGGAGAAUACUGAUACCAUGGAUCAAAGGCCGUGUGAGGUUGGACAUCAAGGAUGCACAGGAUUGCCAUUUCCUGACUUGAACUGGAGAAGACAUGCAGUGGAGCCUAGAACUGGCAUUGAGUUUCCUAUAAUCUUGGACAAUAUUUUAACAGGAAAUAAUAAUUCCAGUUUAAGUUCAGAGGUCCUUGUGGGAACUGGAUCCAGAACAAUGAAAAUAAUUAAAAUAAAAUCUCUGAAGAUCUAUGCGUUUGGUUUUUAUGUUCAUCCUAACUCUGUUUGCAAGAAAUUGGGGUCAAAAUAUGCUUCUAUUUCAGUAGACGAACUAAACAAACGCCAUGAUUUUUAUGAGGAUCUUCUCAGGGCAGAUAUUGAUAUGACAGUUAGGCUUGUGGUUAGUUGCAAUGGGAUGAAAAUCAAUACUGUGAGAGAUGCCUUUGAGAAAUCCCUUCGAGCCCGAUUGGUGAAGACAAACCCAGAGACUGACUUCCAUUGCAUAACAACAUUCGGUUCAAACUUUACACAAGAUAUUCCGUUGCCAGCGGGAACAACGAUUGAUUUUCAACGAACAGCUGAUGGAAAAUUAAUUACCAAAAUUGAAGGUAAUCAGAUUGGAGCAGUCCACAGCAAGGAUCUGUGCAGGGCUUUCUUUGACAUGUACCUCGGAGAUCUACCCGUGUCGGAGCAAAGUAAAGAAGAGAUUGGCAGAAAUCUGUAUUAUCCAUUGGAGUGCACUCAAGCUCAACAGUGUCGGAUGUCAAAGACGUCAAUGUGGCCGAAAAGCAUUACAAGGGCAAUCAGUGAGCUUGCUGCAAAAGAUUUAAGGCUUGGCUGGGGUCUCGCAGCCUCUUAG